AAGAUGCUCCGUGGAAAGGAGCCUAGCGGUGGGCAGCGGCUGUGAGUCCCGAUAACGAGCGCCUCACAUUUCCGUGCCAUUCCCAUUUGCUAGUGCGCUGCUGCGGCCGCAAGCCUGAUUGAUAUAUGCCUGCAAUGGCACUUUUCCAUUUGACAUUCUCUCUCACUCUCUCUCUCUCCCUCUCUCUCUCCCUCUCUCUCCCUCUCUCUCUCUCCCUGUGUCGCUUAAACAACAGUCCUAACUUUUGUGUGUUGCAAAUAUAAAAGGCAAGCCAUGUGACAGAGGGACAGAAGAACAAAAGCAUUUGGAAGUAACAGGACCUCUUUCUAGCUCUCAGAAAAGUCUGAGAAGAAAGGAGCCCUGCGUUUCCCCCAAGCUGUGCAGCAGAUACUAUGAUGAUGGAUUCCAAGUGCAAAGAGUAAGACAAAAACUCCGGCAUACAAAGGACAAUGACAACCAUAAAGCUUCAGCCAGAUCCUGCCCUUGCCUUGAAAGGAACUGGAUCCUAGGACGCGAAGGCAUUGCCAAUUUUUUGUCCUCUGCCUCCCUCUGCUGUUCUUCUGGAGAAGUUUUCCCUCACAACAAUGAGAAAUCAUGUUCUAGCUGCAUCUUUUUCUAUGCUCUCCCUGCUGGCGAUAAUGGGAGAUACAGACAGCAAGACAGACAGCUCAUUCAUGAUGGAUUCAGACCCUCGACGCUGUAUGAGGCACCACUAUGUCGAUUCUAUCAGUCACCCAUUGUACAAGUGUAGCUCAAAGAUGGUGCUCCUGGCCAGGUGUGAGGGGCACUGCAGCCAGGCAUCACGCUCUGAGCCCUUGGUAUCCUUCAGCACUGUCCUCAAGCAGCCUUUCCGUUCUUCCUGUCACUGCUGCCGGCCCCAGACCUCGAAGCUGAAGGCUCUGCGGCUGCGCUGUUCCGGGGGCAUGCGACUCACCGCCACCUACCGGUACAUCCUCUCCUGUCACUGCGAGGAAUGUAGCUCCUGAGACCUGCUGCGAGUGGCUGGGACAACCACAGAGGCAGUUCAAACAUCCAGGAGAGGACUGGCAAGAGAAGAGUUAAGGCAAAUAAAGAUGCAGUCAUUCCCAGGGGAUUCUGCAUAUUCUAGUAAUAAAGACUCAAUGCGCUUCUUGACAGACAGCUACUCUGGGAACUUGUUUUCAGUUCCCAUCUUCUUUCCCUGGUACAUUUUCUUUUGGUUCCUUUUCAGAUUCAGGCACUUCCCCUCUUGGCUCUAAAUGCUGUUUGGGUUUCCAGCAAUUCUGCAUUAGUGGGAAAAAGUGGGGCCCCAUGCAAGAGUGUGUCAGGCUGUCACUGUUUGGUACAUAUUAGGGAAGAAUUUGCUUUGGAAGGCAGGAAAGCUCAACUCUUCCUAGGACAUCUUUCAUUAUAUAUAUUUUUUAAUCUUGUCAUUAUGAUCCAAGGUUGCCAUGGCCACUAAAAGUUACCAAUUUCAAAUUCCAGACGCCAAGCAUGUGGAUAUGUUUAGCAAGGUUUACUCACAGACAGCUAACUGACAUUAAAAUAACUAACAAACCGAUUCUGUCAUGUGAUGCUGGGACUCUUGACAGCUCUAAUUGUUAUUCAGAAGCAACUUUGGGGAGGUAAAGGUGGCAUAAAAAUUUGUCACUUUAAGGCUCUUGUGGAUAAAUUAUGAUAAAAUUUUGUAAGGGAGCAAACUUUUAAAGACUUGCACAGAUAUGGAUCCUGACUGACUUUGGAAAAGGCAUAUAUGUACUAGUGGCAUGGAGAAGGCACUGUACUCAUGCAUGCAAAUUAGACAACCAAGUCUGAAUCUAUUUGUGGGUGUGCUAUAGCUUUAACCAUGUUGCGGGCAUAAUUCUUUAACGUCCACUUGUCCAUGCGAGACUGGUUGCCAUAAUGGUGGCCUGGCUCAUCUUCUGAACAUUUGGUUUGAAUAUAUUUUGGUCAUUGAGGCUCAAAUUUUGAGUUAUUCCCAUGUUUUGAAAUAAAAACAGAAUA